AUGGUCACGUGCGACGUGGCCGUGUCGCCGGGAGCGGUCUUCACGGGCUCCGUGCUCUGCGGCGACAAGGCGUACGUGCUGGCCGAGGCGCAGGCGCAGGAGGGCAGCCUGGUCAGCAUGAAGCUGGCGGUCCACGCCGUCGCGGGGCCCCUGCUCGGGGUCCUGGCGGACCGCGCUGGGCGCAGGCCCGUGCUGAUCAUGAGCCUGGGCGGCUUCACGCUGGCAUUCUGUCUGUUCGCCGCCAUCUCGGCACAGCGGGGCCUGCCGAGCAGGCUGCCCCUGAUGAGGUUGUGCUUCUUUGUGGAGGGCGCCACCAACGCCUUCGACGUCGUCUAUGGUCCAUGCUUGCCGACGCCGUGCCUAUGGCGGCGGACCGCGCGCGGGCGUUCGCGGCCUACUUCGCCGUCGGUGCUGCCGGCCAGGUGGGCGCGCAGCUGUGCGCCGCCGUGCUGCUGGGUCUGCACCCGGACUCGUUCACGGCCAUCUGGUGCGCGCUGA